CGGGCGCGGGGAGCGCGGGCGCGGGGAGCGCGGGCGCGGGGAGCGCGGGCGCGGGCGGAGGCGGCGGCGGCGGUUGGAAGCGGCGGCCCAGAGCCCUCUCGCGGCCGCGGCGGCAGCAGCGCCAGCCCCAGCAGCAGCCCGGCCGCCGCCGCCGCCGCCGCCGCCGCCUCGCGCUCCCGCCGCCCGGCCCGACAUGAGUGAGGCGGGUCGGGUGCCCUCGCCUGCCGCGCCGCCGGAGGUGGCGGCGGCCGCUCCGGACGACAGGAAAGGGAAGGAGCCGGAGCGCGAGAAGCUGCCGCCCAUCGUGUCGGCGGGCGCCGGCGCGACUGCGGGUUUGGACAGAGGAUCCAAAGGCCAAAUUUCCACUUUUAGCAGUUUUAUUUCAACUGUUAACCAGAAGAAAGAAGCUGCUGAAAACAGAAGUUCACCUACACAUCUUGUUUUCCCUAACAUCAAGAAUGUGAGAGACCUACCACCAAUUUGCCUUGAUGUUAGACAAAAACAGCGUAUCUCUACAGAAGCAUCAUCAUCUGAAAUGAAGGCCCCAGUUCUUCCAGAACCUGUUCUUCCUAACCAGCCCAAGACCAUGAAAGACUUUCAGGAAGAUACAGAAAAAGCUAAGUCGUCAGGAGAUUGGAAAGCAGUGCAUGAUUUUUAUCUGACAACAUUUGAUUCUUUCCCAGAACUAAAUGCUGCAUUUAAGAAAGAUGCCACCACCUCAUUUAAUACCAUUGAAGACUCUGGGAUUAAUGCUAAGUUUGUGAAUGCUGUAUAUGAUGCCUUACUUAAUACUCCUCAAGACAUUCAGAAGACGGUAUUAAAGGGAAUCAUUAACAGCCUAUUACGAGAAUGGAAAGGUCCACGAACAAAAGAUGAUCUUAGAGCAUAUUUUAUACUUUUACAGAAUCCUCAAUUUAAUAACACAUCUACGUAUGUCAUCUAUGCUCACUUGCUACGACAGAUAGCUACCUUAGUGGAAGCUGAUCAUCAUUUCCUAGUUCACUGGUUUAAAAAAUUAUCCCAGAAGAGGUUCAAACAAUUGGUAGAGAGAUUGCUGCAAUUUAUUUCCUUACGCCUGUUUCCUGCAAAGCCUGAAGAAUUUCCACCUAUAACAAAGUGCUCCUGGUGGAUCCCAUCAGCAUCUAAAGUGUUGUCUUUACUCAAUACUGCAAACAGUUUGGUUCACCCUCCCCUUAUUCCUUAUACUGAUUUCUAUAAUUCUACAUUGGAUCACAUUGAUCUCAUGGAAGAAUACCACACCUGGCAGAGCUUUGGAAACUCUCACAGGUUUUCCUUCUGUCAGUACCCAUUCGUUAUUUCUAUAGCUGCAAAAAAAAUCAUUAUUCAAAGAGACUCAGAGCAACAGAUGAUAAGCAUCGCAAGGCAAAGUCUGGUGGAUAAAGUAUCUCGAAGACAGAGACCUGAUAUGAACAUGCUAUUUCUAAAUAUGAAAGUAAGACGGACACAUCUGGUUAGUGAUUCGCUUGAUGAGUUAACCCGGAAAAGAGCAGACUUAAAAAAGAAGUUGAAAGUUACGUUUGUAGGGGAAGCUGGUUUGGAUAUGGGUGGCUUGACCAAAGAAUGGUUCCUUCUUCUAAUUCGCCAAAUUUUUCAUCCAGAUUAUGGCAUGUUUACAUAUCACAAGGAUUCACACUGCCAUUGGUUUAGCAGUUUUAAAUGUGAUAACUAUUCUGAAUUCCGAUUGGUUGGAAUUCUUAUGGGACUAGCUGUUUAUAACAGCAUUACCUUGGAUAUUCGUUUCCCCCCCUGCUGUUACAAGAAACUGUUGAGCCCUCCCAUCAUUCCUAGUGAUCAGAAUACACCAGUAGGCAUCUGCAGUGUGACCACUGACGACUUAUGUCAAAUUAUGCCUGAGUUGGCCCAUGGGUUAAGUGAACUCCUGUCAUAUGAAGGCAAUGUUGAAGAAGAUUUCUAUUCAACGUUCCAGGUUUUUCAAGAAGAAUUUGGAAUAAUUAAGUCCUAUAAUUUAAAGCCAGGUGGUGAUAAAAUUCCAGUUACCAAUCAAAAUAGGAAAGAAUAUGUACAGCUUUAUGUUGACUUUCUUCUCAACAAAUCCAUCUAUAAGCAGUUUGCUGCAUUUUAUUAUGGAUUUCAUAGUGUGUGUGCUUCAAAUGCCCUGAUGCUGCUUCGUCCAGAAGAGGUUGAAAUUCUGGUCUGUGGAAGUCCUGAGCUGGAUAUGCACGCUCUGCAGAGAAGCACUCAGUAUGAUGGCUACGCGAAAACAGACUUAACCAUACGAUAUUUUUGGGAUGUUGUGCUUGGAUUUCCUCUUGAUCUUCAAAAGAAGUUGCUACAUUUUACUACAGGAAGUGACAGAGUGCCUGUAGGAGGAAUGGCUGACUUGAACUUUAAAAUCUCAAAGAAUGAAACUUCUACUAACUGGUUGCCUGUGGCCCACACCUGCUUCAAUCAACUUUGCCUUCCCCCCUACAAGAGCAAAAAGGACCUGAAGCAGAAAUUGAUCAUUGGAAUUUCAAAUUCAGAAGGUUUUGGACUUGAGUAACCUAGAAGACUUGAAAUAUAUUUUAUAUGUAGCAUUCACUUCCCUCUUAUUGUGCCUUUAACCUUUUCAUGUCUCUGUCUCACAACACCUUGACAAAGCUCACCAACUUUAAAAUACUGAUUUUUUUUUUUUAAAUCGAGUAUGAAGUAUGUUCAAUGGGGGAGGCACGAUUUUCUAAAAACACAGAAAUCGCUCGAGUAAGGAAGAGACCAGACGGCAGAGACAGGUGUGGGUCCGGCCCCUCUUUUUUAUAGCACUUUAUGAUUCUCUGUAAGUAGCUUCUCACAGGUGUUCCACUGGGAAAGCAAAGCACAGUGAAGCACGCGUUGACCCUGUAGCGGAGCCCAGUGGCAGAUUGCGUGCUGCCAGCACACGUAGCAACGCACAUAGCUACGUUCUCAUUCAUGUAAGGCAUGUAGCCAUAUUUUCAUACACCUGAGGGCAACAACAAACAGCAGUAUAAAUGCAGUUUACAGGGUUUUUUGAUAUACUGGCUUUGGUCUUAUAAGAUUCUUUUCAACUGUUGCUGAAAAGCAUGUAAAUAACUACAUACUAGCCUGAGAAUAAUGGGAUUUUGAUAGUGCCAUUUAUUGCUAAAAGAUUUAUUUUUACAAAGUAAAUUCAGGGUUUUAGAUGUGUAUACAGCUUUUACAAAUCAAUAAAGAUGACUGUACAGGAGUGUUAACUAUUUUCAGACCAUUGGAUUCGAGGUUAUGUUCUUUUAAGUAACGUUAGUCUGCAUGCACGUUGGCAGUAAACUAGUUAGAGUAUUCUGUAAUAUUUGUAUAAUGAUCAUUUCUUCUUAAGGGUCAGAAUAUUAGAAAGGAAAUCAGAUCUAUCGAAUUGUUGAUAAAUUAAGUCAAUUACAAGCACAAAAGAAAAGAACUGUUUUUAUACAUACUUUGACAUACAAGGCUUAUUUCUAGUAUUUUUGAUCACCAGUUGUACUGAAACACUAAUUUUUGCUAAAGGCUAGGAUAAGAUAUUUGACAAAAGUGAAUACAAUAAUAACAUCUGUGUCAAAAUGAUAUAGCUUGGUGUAAAAAUAAAGUUCAACAUUUUGGCCAAAAUGUUUGUAUUUCACUGGAUUCUGAAUGUAGUAAAUUCAAAAGUUCCCUUUUUGGAGUUUCUUAAAAAAGCAGCAUGUAAAAAGAAACUACAUUUUAAGUGAGACAGUAAAUGGUUUUCUUUUUAUUUACAGCAACUGAAGCAGUUUUAUUAGCAUGUUACAAAUAUUUUCGAAUCAAGACUUCUCUAUUAUACUUUGAAUAGCUUUCCUUCAGAAAACUCUGAAGAUGUAUUUGCAAUAAUAAUGAAGCCAGCAUUUAGUACCAGCAUAUGGUUCACAGGCAAAUAAUACUGUCCCCCAAUUUUUUCUCAGUUACACUGUUUUCUUAUAUCGCUCUGCUUCCUGCACCCAACCAGCAGAAUUCUUUUAGGGUGGAGGAAUGAAUUAACUCAUUCUCCUGUAGUUCGAAAGCCAAUUCGCCAAUCUUCAAGGAAAAGGAGUUAAUUACUUUGUUUCCUAUUCUCUUUAAGACGGAAGUGACUCUGCUUUUCCAUAGGGUAUACUAUGUCAAGGAUUUUUCUUCUUAAAAAUCUUGGAAAAUCCUAAGAAAGUUCAAGGCAUGUUGGUUUUGUUUCGUUUGCUCUGUUUUCUAUCCAUAUGCAAAUAAAACUGCUUCUCGGUUACUCUGCUUGAAAUAGAACGUAAGAUGUUUAAUGUAGGUUACUGCUUACUAGUAAGCACAAAAGAAUCAUGUAUAAGAAAUCAGACUUAAGUGUUUUAAAUAAAAUGUAAACAGUUUUUAUUUGGUAGAGACGGGAAAAUUGUGCUGGCUUGGUCUGCAUGUUUAACGAUGUGCUUGUAUAGCGAUAGCUACGUCACUUUUAAAUAAGUACACAAGCAAGCCAAAUUUUUAAAUGACAAAGUCCAUAAAUAACUGGAAAACUAUUGUUGUCUGUUGUUAAUAAGUUGAAAUUUGUAACCAUUUAUCACUUACUUACACAUUGCCUUUAUUUAUUUAUGUUCUGUUUUUGGUUUACAGUGUAAUAAUACCUCAUUUUUUUAAAAAAAAUCACUACUGUUCUAUUUCAUUAAUUUAAAUCGCUAGAAAAUUCAUGUAGUUGCUUUUUUAAAUAUAAUCUGUUAAGGAAUUCUUGAUUUUUAUAUCCGCCACAGUAAAUUAAAGCAUUGCACAGUAUUUAUCAGUAUUUACAAAAUGUCCUGUCCUUUUUAAAUCUUUGCUUAAUCAUAUUUUUGUCUGUAUGAUCAAAAGUUUUUAAUGGUCUGUCUUUUUUGUACAAAUCUGUAUUGUAUUAAGUUGUUCAUUUCUGGAAGAAAAUUUUUCAAAUAUUAAAGUUAUACAAUCA